UCAUGUGGCUGUUGCCAGACAUUGUGGCACUACAGUAUUCAGAUGGAACCACAGUUCUGUUUAAAAAGAUGUCACAGGGGCAGAUAUCCUGAGAAAAUUAAUCUCAGGGUGCCGAAUGUGGUGUAACAUCUUUUCUUGUCCGGGUUAGUUUAGCGACGCAUUUAUUUAUUUUUGCCUCAUAUGCAAAUAACAGUUACACAUAUGCAUUUUAUGAUUUAAUUGUGCAGUCAGUACCGAGACGAUUUAGAUACACUGGAGGGCGGUACGUUUCUUUACAGCUGGCGUGUGACCCGAAAAUAUACACGAAGAAGAAGCAGCGCGAGUCUGCUUCCAAAUAUGGGCACGGUCCUGGUGUUAGCUGGCUUUGCUGCUCCGGACAGUUGUUGUAGGAUAAGUGUGUGAAAGACCACAUGCGUCUGGCUUUUAGAUCAUUUUUGCACAUCGGUUUCUCCCCAAAAAUAGCUUUCAACAUCGAAUAAUUUCACUUACUGGACCCCGUAUGUGGACAGCUUUAGUUAUUAGCUAAGUUGUGAGAAGUUGGAAGAGAGAGGCGGAGGUGGGCAGGAGAGGAGAAGAUGUCAGUGGAAUGCUCCCUGCCACCUCCUCCUGCUCCUCCUCCACCUCCAGCCUCAGCACCCAAGAAGAAGCUGUAUCAGACUAUAGCCAGUAGUAGGAGUGCUGUAGAGGGAGAUCACACAGAGGCUUGCUUUCUGAUCAGUCAGAGGGAGAGCAGUUUUAGAAAGGACCUGCAGUGGGUUCUGGCGAACACAUACGUGCCUUCACUCAUCCAAGAUGGUCCCCAGUGUGGUCUGGUGGCUUUGUGGAUGGCUGCUCACCUUCGGCAGCCACGGCUGAGUAUCGAGAUGGAGAUGGUGGUUCAGACGGCACUGAGCAGGGGAUACACGGCUCAGGGUGAAAUGUUUUCAGCUGACAGCAUGGCCCUGCUGGCAGAAGAGGUGUGUGGCUGUAAGGCUGAGCUGCUCUCUGGGGGUCUCAGUGGUAAUAAUGCUGCAGCCAUCAUCUCACACCUGUGGGGGAGACAGCCUGUUCUCAUCCCGUAUGACGAGGAUUACAAUCAUGAGCCAUGUCAGCGUAGCGGCCACAGGGCCCACUGGGCAGUCGCUUCAGGUGUUCUACUCGGUUUGGAACAGGGGAGUGUGAGUGAAGAGCAUGCUCAGCCUGAUCCCUCUCUGCCAUGGCUCUGCCUCGCCACCAACAGCUGCUCACCUUGUCCUGUAGGCAGCAUGGCACUCAAAAAUGUUUACAUCCUCGCUAAGCAGGGUAAAAGCCUGCGCUACCAGCUGUGGAGUUUGGACACCGUAGCAAUGAGCAAUGAGCAGCUGAGGAUGAUGGACCCUCAGAGAGCUGGUGAUGGCACACAGUAUGUGGUUCCUGAAGGAGAUGUGGAAGCCGGGCUGGCUGGAAAGGCGGUGCUGCUCCACACAAGGACACAGAUGGAGUAACAAGUCAGCAGGACCCAACUGUUGAGGAACAUCAUGCAAUGUAGAGUUGAUCUGAUGUCAGUGAGGCACCCACACAUUUAAUUAAUCCAAAUGGGCUUUAAAGUAAGAAUCAUCAGGGAGAAAUCACACCCGUAUAUUCAGCUAUGUUUGGGUAGCUAUUUUUGUAAUAUCAGUAGUUUUAGUCCUUUGCAUUGGAAAUGAUUGUGAAAACAAACAUCAUGCCAGCAUAAUGGGGAUAACUGUAUUUUUUAGAAUGUAUCAGCUCCAUAAGUAUUUGGGCAGGAAAGCAGUUUUUGUAAAUUUUGCCAGUGAAAUGCGUGCUAAACACUAAGGAUACAUUUGAAGCAUAACCUCAGCAUUGGCUCUGAUUGCAACAAACCAGAAUGGUCAAAAACCUCUCAAAGAACAGUCCAGUAAUGUGUGGGAGUCACUGUCGAGCAUUUCUGACACAUGAGCACAGGGUGUGAGAAGAAUGCAAGAUUAGCUGCUUUAGAAAUCUUAUUUAAAAUUAUAUGAACUGUAAAUAAAUACAUGAGAGCGGAGGUGCAGAGAAGUUUUCCUUUGUGUGUUUGCUGUCAUUGUGUUUAUCACAUAUAUUUGCAAUAUUGGUUUGAAA